AGAGCGUGUGGACAGGGAGCUCGGGGAGAAGGGCAGGAUUCGUUCUGAUCUGGAGAAAACCGAGAAACUAAAAGCUCAACUCGCUGUGGAGGUGGAUGAGAGACACGCUGCUAUAGAGCAAACCAACAACCAAAACCUCAGGAAGCUGGAGCAGGAUCACAGGGAGAAGCUGAGUGUGGUGCGCUCAGAUCUGAUGAAGGACAUGGAGCUGAUGCAGCAGCAGAACGAUCAGAAGAGAGAGACCCUGGAGGCCGAGCUGGAGAAGAUCAGAGAGGACGAGUCCUUCCUCAGAGACCACCUCUCCAUCUCCCUCCAGGAAAACAGACGCCUUGAAAUGGAGCUGCUGGACAGCACCGACCAGCUGGUGGCGGCUCAGAGUCAGAACACUAAACUGCAGACAAACCUGGAAAACAUGAGGAAGGAGAAGUUCGGAGACUUGGACCCCGGCAGCGCAGACUUCUUAUUCCAAGAGGAACGAAUCAAAGAAUUACACAGCAGCUACGAAGCUCACUAUAGG